AUGUCUUCUUCAUGGUCCCUGGGCGAGGAGGAAUACUCCGCGAGGCCCUACGUCAAGGCCGCCCGACGCUCUCUCCAGAUACCUGAUUUAAAAACCGCCUCCACCUCCUCGAUACGCGAUGAUUUCUCGGCCCCAUGGAAAAAGUACGAAGAUUACUUAGACAAAGAAUCCUCGACACUAGGAAACGUGCAGCAGUUGAUUGAUCGGCUGUUAUGGAAGUACCUUUCUGUCCUGACGGCGCAGCCCUUCGAGGUCGCCAAGGUUCUGCUGCAAGCGAAGCUGGGUGAUGAUCCGGGAUCGCUGGCCGUACCCAAGCCGGCCCCGGUGCAGCCCGCCGCCAAAAUUUAUCCCGAAUCUGAUCCAGGCUCCGACUCCGAUGGCGAGCCCGCAUACUUCACCACCAACUUCCCAUCUACCCCGUCCACAUCCAAGGGUCGAAACACUUCCCCCAAGAGACGCCCGUCUACUCCAACCACGCCAUCACCACCACCCCGACCUCCGCAACAUCAACUUCAAAUUUCCAGCUCAGACUCUGUCCUCGAUGUUAUAGCUAAGAAUUGGAACAAGGAGGGAGUCUGGGGCACGUGGAAGGGCACCAAUGCCACUUUCCUCUACACGGUUCUUCAGUCGUGGAUAGAGAACUGGUCGCGCAGCGCCCUGGCGGCGAUGCUUAGUGUGCCCGAUAUUGGGGUGGAGGAGGACAUGCUAGAUGCCUUUACGAGAUCACCACAUCCGUGGACGACGCUCGGUGUUGCGGCGGCGGCGGCGGUGAUUACGGGAUUACUCCUGGCGCCGCUGGAUUUGGUUCGCAUAAGGCACAUUCUGACGCCCGCGUCACGUCGAACUCGCGGCUUAUGGGCAACCCUGAAAUCUUUGCCCUCCUACAUGUGCCCCUCAACCCUAUUUUUACCGACUGUCCUGCAUUCGCUCGUCCACCCAGUCCUCACCAUCCUCGCCCCCGUCGUCGUGCAAUCCAAGUUCAAGCUCGACCUGAAGCUCACUCCCGUCGCAUUUUCCAUUUCCAAAUUCUGCUCCGCCUCCGCCGCCCUCUUCGUUCGCCUUCCCCUCGAGACAGCCCUCCGUCGGGCUCAGAUUUCGGUGCUAUCCGCGAGACCAUACCUUGCGCCAUUUGAUGCCAAGGAAACGUCGCUCCAAACAGUCGUGCCUGUAGGCCCGUACUACGGAAUCCUGGGCACCAUCUACCAUAUCGCCGUCGAGGAAGGAUCGCGGGCACUUCCUCCUCGCGUGACCGCUGCCGCGACUAAGCGCCGCCGGCCAAUAGCCGAGACGGUGUACAAGCAAGGACAAGGCCUCGCGGGUCUUACGCGCGGAUGGAAGAUUAGCUUUGUUGGUCUUGUCGGUCUCUGGAGCGCCAGCGUCCUCAGUAAUAGUGAGGACGAGUUCUUUUGA